AGCGUGCGUCAGUCGCGCAGCGAGCGCUAAUCCACAAGUACGUCGGGUGGCGCUCCGCCGACCCGUUCGCGUGCUAGUGUUGUGUCACAACGGUGGGCCAAGUCGGUUUCGAGAUACAUUCGUUCCGGCACACACCAUGGCUCUAAACUCUGAUAGUGAACAGAAAUCGAACCUGGUCCUGCGCGUGGACCAGGAUUCGGACUCGGUUCUACAGUCAUUGUUUGACACAGUGCUUAAACCAGACUCGAAACGACCGCUACAGGUGCCUCUGCGUAUGCGACAGCUUCCAAAGUCGUUCUUUAACCCACCGUCGACCGGUUCCAAGUCACCGUCUGUGUCUCACUCGCGAGAGAACUCGGCCGACUCGGCGUUCGGGUCGUCGUCGGCGACAGGAGCGACACCAGUGUCGCACUCUAGGGCCCACUCGUCGCCAGCGAGCCUGCAACAGACGUAUGCGGCCGGCCAACAAACUCAACAACCCCCUUUACACCACCAGCACUCAAAACAAAGAUCAUAUGACGUCGGCUCACACAUCCCGGAUGAACUAGGCCCUCUGCCAUCUGGAUGGGAACAGGCGCGCACUCCUGAAGGACAGAUAUACUAUCUCAACCACAUAACAAAGACGACAACAUGGGAGGACCCGCGAAAGUCCUUGGCAGCGCAGAGCGUCACCGCGGGCGUUCAGCACCAGAGCGCAGAAACCCUCCUGGCGACGCCGGCACCGCAAACAGUGCCCACUGCGCCUGCACCAGCAGCGAAGAGUACAAGUAGUAACACGACAGACCUGGGACCGCUGCCCGACGGGUGGGAGCAGGCGGCGACGCCGGAGGGCGAGAUCUACUUCAUCAAUCAUGCCGCCCGUACUACUUCCUGGUUCGAUCCUAGAAUACCCCAGCACCUGCAGCGCACGCCGGCGGCGGGCGCGGGCGCGGCGGGCGGCGGCUGGCUCGGCAACGCCGCGCUGCAGCAGAAGAUGCGCCUCCAGUCGCUGCAACUCGAGCGGGAUCGGCUCAAGCAGCGGCAGCAUGAGAUCAGAUUACAGCAAGAGCUAAUGGCGCGGCAAGCGUCAUCGUCCAUCGUGUCCUCGCUGACGUCCAGCGCGAGCGCGAGCGCGAACACGGCGGGCAGCGAGCCGGCGCUGGACCCGUUCCUGUCGGGGCUGAGCGAGCACCAGCGGCAGGAGUCGGCCGACAGCGGGCUGGGCAUGGCGGUGCCGUCGUACGCGCCCGAGGACUUCCUGGCCAUGGACGACCGCAUGGACUGCAGCAGCGAGGCGGGCAACAGCCUCGACACCGACAUCACGCUCGCCGACAACCUCGACUCUACGGAUGACCUCAAUACUUUACAGAUGGGGGAAUUCACGGCCGACAUAUUGUUGGACGACGUGCAGUCGCUGAUCAACUCGACGCCCAACAAGCCCGAUAAUGUGCUCACCUGGCUCUAGGGCCGGCGGGGAGACCCGACCGAACCGACAACGUGCUCACCUGGUUCUAGGGCCGGCGGGGAGACCCGACCGAACCGACUACGUGCUCACCUGGCUCUAGGGCCGGCGGGAAGACCCGACCGAAUACCAAAUGUAUAUCGUGUACAUUGCAGACAUUUACUAGUUGCGUGUGUAUCAAGUGUUUAUGUCGUGUGACUAUGCUUAUGUUAGUACGGUAUAGCCCGGUAUGACUCUCACGUGUAAGUAGUACAGUAUUGUUUAUUUGAAGUCUCUGCAUUUAUUCAAAUGAGAUAGAAUUACGCUCUGUAUAAUCGCUGUACUACAUAUAUACUUAACAGUGAAAGGGCAUUCGGCGUUGCUUAUUUCGAUUUCGACUUCUGCGUUAAGUAUUAUAAAAUGUAUACUUACUGUAUAGUGUCCAUUUUGGUUAAGUGCAAAAUGUAGAGCUAUGAAAAUUGCCAAGUAGGUACCCUUAAGUGGUAGGCCAUGACUGUAAUAAUGGCUAGUCACUAUGUAAAGCCUCGUCACUUGCGUAGUGCUCGCGCGCGGCUGAGGACUCUAUUGACUCGUAGUUUCGAUGCAAGCCUUCUUUCUUCGCCGAAAGUAGCAGUGUUGCAAUACUAAUAAUAAGCUAGGUUUCCAAUAAUCUUUAGCUUUAAGACUAAUGGAAAUCCUAUCCUCUCUUUGACUAAGUAGGUUUAAAUAAACUGGAUAAGUUUAAUCGACUUUUAAUUAUUAAAAUUGUGAUAACAUCUCGAUGAAACAGUGCCUUGUUGUGCCUUUAUUAAAAUAUAUUUAUUGUGGUAUCUAUUAGGUAAAUUAAAAAAAUUUACAAGUGCAGUUUUUGAGGUGACGUCCGUCAUUAUUCGGACAGAUCUACUUAUAGUGGGAAGUAUCUCGUUUCGCCUACCUACUUACACCGUCCUUGUGUAUUUUAUCGAGAUUAUAAAUAGGUACGCAUAAGUAUCUAUAAUUAUAUAGCUUAAUAGUAACUAGAUAAGAAUCGCUGGCUAAAUUUCAACAUUUUUAUUAAAAAAAAUUGUUUAGAUUUUAAACUAUGUGUACAUGGGUGCAGCUAGCUAAUUAACAUUAGGGAAUAAAUGAAGAGCGGCCGGGACGGGGAGGCCGCGCUGUUAGUGCCUCGUCGUGUGUCGCGUGUCGCGUGUCGCGUGUCGCGUGUCGCGUGUCGUGUGUCGCGUGUCGCUGCUGGACGGUCAACAGUGGACAGUGAACGCAAUAACAAUACGCAAUACGCAUCCACUCGGUGCCGACCCAACUAUGAUCGUUGAAAAAUUAUCAUUUAAGUAUUAUUAUCAUCUUUAAUUAUAAUUAUUUUUCUAUCUCCGAAUGAAGUUUGGUCAGAACGGAAAAAUUGUGUUUUAGCCCACCUAGUCUUUAGAUUUUUUUAUAAAAUUUAAUAUACCUAACUCGAUUGAAAGUGCGACAAUAAAUUAGGACUUUAAUAUGAAACGCUACAUAGAAAACUUUGCCAUAUUAGUGACGUACUAUUUUAAUCUUAUAAGACUAAUGUAAUCUUCGGUUUCUAUAAGCAUCUGUGUAAGUAUUGUAAGUAGACGUAACGGUGCUGGGUUUAUGGUACAUUUAAUUUUGUAUUCUGUGGAUCGCCGUAUUUAGCCUUUUCGAGCCAGAGGCGACACAGACACUCGGUAUUUGAUAUGGUGCUGAAAAGAUUAAGUAUGUCGUGUUCUGUAAACUCGCGCCCCACAUAUACUAUGCUCAUAUUCUUCGGUUCAUUAUUCUGUAUUCGCUAUACAUAUUCUUACAUUAUAAUCACUUCGACAGAGCAAAAUUAAACAAUUGACAGUGUCGAUUAUAUUGUAAUGCUGGCGCUAGACACGAUAUCAAAUACGACCGUCAUCUCACAUAUAUUUUGGUACGUGUGCAAUGUUUGAACACACAUCAACACUUACUAUUGCGUGGCGGUGGAAUCAUACAUGUGUAACUAUCUGAUUGUCUCAUGAAAUUUUACAAGCUACUCGACUACAUUUUAGAAAAGAAAUCGUAUAACAUAUAAUCUAUUAGGUAAAGUUUAAAAAUUGUUAGCAAAUUGUAGCUUUUAAGUUUCGCGAGAUAAGGGGUAGGUUUAGCCACAUCACAUGCCACUCUCGCGUUCAUAUGUCUUCCAUUACCUAAGUGUUGCAAUGUUUGUUCGUGGCUGGCGCCCGCAUGACUCUGCGAACUGCCGCCCGUCGUGUCCGUCUUUAAUAACUAAGACCAACACACACAAACUAACUAAUAGUAGAUGUCACAGGUUUUGGAGAAUUGGACGUGUGAAGUUUUUUAAGGUAGACGUCCACAGGGCAGCAUCGCACGCAUCGGACGCAUCGCGAGCAACGGAUCAUUGGACGCACUUGUGUGACUUUCUAUACAAAUAAUACUAAAAUCCGUUGCGUGCGAUGCGGUCCUGUGGACGUCUACCUUUAUAAUUCUGCAAUCAAAACCGAGCCACCGUGUAUUUUUCAAAUGUCUACGCGUAGUUUUUCUGUUUGUGAUCCUCCGGGACUCGACGGCGCUCAUGCCGGAGCCACAAAAACAUUCCAUACAGCUAACGGUCCCCGCUUUUAUGUACACAGAAUAAUAUGCACUACAAUAUUAUAUUUCAUAAUCGUUUAUUUCUUAAGUAGGUGUAGCCGUCAUAAUUGUAAUACAUAUCUCUUACUGGCUGACCGCGGAUGCGAGUUUUCUUUGUAGUACGUUAUGUUUCGUGUAUCUAUGUUACGACAAUGAAAGUUAUGGUUAGAAAAUUAAUUUACAAUAAUUUCAUUGUAGAUAAUUAGAUAUUCUUAUAUGAAUUAAAUAAAUAUUUGUUUUAAUACA